UUUCGAAUUCAUGAUUGUUUGAUUGAUAGUGUUAAUUAAUAAAUACGUCGAAAAAAAUGUUGCCAUAUUUUUCAACCGAUGAUGGUUUUUCAUCUUCAUUAAAUCCUGUGCCACCAAUUGUUAAUAAUCAUAUCGACAAGAUUAAUAUUCCUGAAUCGUUUUUCAUCACAGAUUUCUACAAAAAUAAAACGAUAUUCAUUACUGGUUCAACUGGAUUCAUUGGUAAAGUUUUACUUGAAAAAAUUUUACGUCAAUUUCCUUCGGUUGGCAAAAUUUAUGUGCUGAUCCGCUCGAAACAGUCUGAAUCAUGUCAUGAGCGUUUAGCCAAAAUGUUAUCGACUUCACUGUUGUUCAAAAGUCACCAGGAUAAUAUUGAUUUAAUCAAAGCCAUUGAUGGUGAUAUUACAGCUAAAGAUCUGGGACUUUCCGAAGGUGAUCGUCAACGAUUGAUUGAAGAAGUAGAUGUUGUUUUUCAUUCAGCCGCUUCAAUCCAAUUCACAGGAGAAUUGGGAAAAUUCAUAAAACAAAAUAUUCAAGGCACCGAUUCAGUGAUGCGUUUAUGUCAGGAUAUGAAACAUGUACAAUCAAUUGUUCACGUAUCUACGGCAUAUGGAAAUUGUCAUAUGAACGAAGUCAAAGAAAAAAUCUAUCCGGUUGUUAACGAUCAAGAUGUUGAAGUCUACAUCAAACAACUCAUGGAAAAAUAUGCCGAUUAUGAUCUAUGUGAAGGUCAUUCGGCCCUUCAAAACCGUCCAAAUCCAUAUACUCUUUCCAAAUCAAUUGCAGAAUGGCUUAUAAACGAAAAAUAUCAAUCAACCUUACCCAUCAUUAUAUGUCGUCCAUCAAUCGUAAUCUGUUCGCUUAAAGAACCGUUUCCUGGAUGGUGUGAUACAAUCAAUGGUGUAUCAGGCUCGUUCAUAUUGUUAGGUUUGGGAAUAGUACAAAAAUUCAUUGUUGACAAAACAAAAACACCUGAUCUGAUUCCGGUUGAUAUGGUAGCAAAUUCAUUGAUCGUUUGCGGGGCAUAUCGAGCAUCGUCACAUUAUUCACCAGAAAGAAAUGUUGUUCACAUUACCACAAGUACAGUGAAUCCAGUUUCUUGGAGUAAAUUAUUCGAUUUAGGCAUUAAAUAUGAAAACCGUAUUCCUUCUAUGAAACAGGUUCGUCCGAUAUCAAGGGAUUAUUCUAACAAUUAUGCAACAUUAUUCGAUAAGAUAUGCUAUAAAUUCCAUCAAAUCAUCGAUCAUUUAUUAUUUGCCAUGAUAUUCGAUCUGAUAUGUAUGAUAAUGGGCCAUAAACCAUUUAUGAUAAAAAUAAUGCAGCGUUUUCACAAUUCAAUGUAUGAGAUGAAAUUUUUCUCCUUACGACAAUGGAAUUUUGAGCAUAAAAAUCUACCAUACAUCUACAAAUUGGUGAAUAAAAAAGAGCGACCAUUAUUCAAUUGUGAUGUGACGACGAUUGAUUGGGAAGAUCACGCUGGCAACAUGUGUUACGGGAUACGUAAAUAUCUGCUCAACGACCCCGAUUCAAAUUAUGAACAGGCUCGUCAAAGACGAUACCGAAUCUAUCUCGGAUUCCGUCUAUUUACCGUAUUUAAAUAUUUCUUUUUUUAUUUAAUAAGCAAAAAAUAUUUGCUCGAAACAGUCUUAGGUGUUACAUUCUAUGGUCUAUCAUUAUCAAUCAUCGAUUUGGCCACCUAUUCAUAUUUGAUUGCCUGUGUAUUCACCGCAUUCAAAACGUUUAACAAACCAAAAUCACAUUAGUAUUAUAAUCACAUCAUUUAUCAUCAAAACAAUUUAUUAUUUAGAUUAUUUUCAUAUUUGAACUUUGAUUAUUAAUUAUCUGUCUUAGAAUUAAUUUUUCUAUCAGAAUAGUGAAAUAAAAAAUUCAU